AUGACGAGACCUACUUCGCUAGUCGAGCUCCUCCUCUGGGCAGGUACAGUCCACUCGUGGCCUCAGUUAGCACCAUCAGUCGAAUCAACGUCAAUCAUUCCGUAUACUCCAGGUUCAUCCAGGUCACUACCACAAGUCGAUGAAGCCGAAUCUUCAGAGACACUGCAUAUCCCCUCCACACGACAGCCCGAUCUCCCAGUCGACGAGGAUUUGAAUGAAUUCUCAUAUACGCUGCCCGUCGGCCUAACACGAGGCUUGCCAGCCGAGGAUGAAGUAGUACCAGGAACAUUUACUCUGCCUAUCAUUCAUGCCACCAAGCCCGGACUAGUAAGUCGAUCCGUCGAGGUGAAGCUUGAAAACCGGUCCGAUGUCGCAUACUAUGCUCAACUCCAAUUCGGAACCCCUUCCCAGGCGAUUUAUGCUCAGCUUGACACCGGCUCCUUUGAGUUGUGGGUAAAUCCCACAUGCUCCGGCCUCUCCACCCCCGACGCCAAGUUCUGCGAAGCCGUCGGCAAAUACAAGCCCGGAAGCUCCUCCACAUCCAAGUCUCUGUCCAAGAGCGGGAAGCUCAACUAUGGCAUCGGCGGCGCCGAGGUCGACUAUUACUCGGACACGAUUGGCCUCUCGAGCUCCUCGAAGCUCAAGAACGUCCGCUUCGGCGUGGCCUCCAAGACUGAGGACCAGUUCGCAGGCGUGCUGGGUCUCGGCCAUGGGAAGGGCUUCAACACGGACUACCCCAAUUUCCUGGAUGAGCUGUCAACCCAGAAGCUGGUUGACACGAAAUCGUUCAGCGUGGCGCUGGGCAGCAAGGCUGAGGGCGGCGGCGUCAUCGUCUUUGGCGGGGUAGACACCUCCAAGUUCUCUGGCAAGCUUGCAAGCCUUCCCUUGAUUGCUGCCUCUGACGCUCCUGACAAGGUAGCGAGGUACUGGGUAUCUAUGGAGUCAAUCUCCCACAGUCCUCCUAACAACGGCAAGGGGAAGACGUGGGAUAACACGAAGCUGCCCGUGUUCCUUGAUACUGGGGCCACACUCACGCUUUUACCCAGUGAUGUGGUGAAAGCCAUUGCUGCUGAUCUCAAGACCACGGGAUUGGAUGACGCCGGAUUUUACGGCGUGGACUGCGGCCUUGUUUCGCAGCCCGGAACAGUGGACUUCAAGUUCAACGGCGUAAUAAUCAAGGUGCCCUACAAGGAGAUCAUCAGGGAAUUCUCCUCGAUGAAGAAAUGCUACCUUGGUAUUGCUGCCAGUGAUAAGUACUCAUUGCUUGGUGACACGUUCCUCCGCUCGGCAUACGUUGUCUUUGACUUGGAUUCAGACACAAUCUUCAUGGCCCCAUAUGAAAACUGCGGCAGCUCCGUUUCCAAAAUCACGUCUUCCAAAGACCUCAACGGUCUCAAGGGCACAUGCAGCAGCAACGACGACGAUACCGAGAACAGCGGAAACGGCACCGACAGCAAUGACACCAACAACCAAAAGUCCGCGACCUCAACAUCAAACUCCAAGACCGCAUCCCCCACACAAACGACCCAGCCGCUGACGACGAAAAUCCCACUCAUCUCCUCCGCGACCGAGGCACUCGACCUCGCCACCGGGUCCCCGAGCCUCGUCACCAGCACCACCAGCGCCUCGGGAUCAGAGCAUACGGGGCCUUCGGGGAACACCCGCGAGGGAAGCAUCGACAACCUGCUUGGCCACGAAAGCGACGGCAGCGCCGCUGGGCCAUUGUUUUGUCUUAGCAAGGCGCUGCUUGGGGUCAGCCUAGCAUCUAUGGUGGUUCUUUUUAUGUAG